UGUAAGUAUUAAUCUAUUUUCCCACAUAGUCUUAAGACUUGCAAAGCUUUUUCUUUUACAGUAGGUGAAUAUUAAUAAAGUCAUAUUUACUGAACUAAAUGACGUCUCAUUUGAGGCAGGAAGUCUGUGACUGAGCUCUGACUCUUGGACACAAAAUCCAUCCUUCCCAUCUAGUGCCUUAUGUUUCCUCUCAAUUUUUUUGUUAAGCUCGUCAUUUUUCAAACAUCUGCUGUCCUUUUUCUUGUGUCCAACAAUGAUGAGCAGUGACUGCCACAAACCUUGUUAAAUUGCUCAGAAUCUAUUACACAUAAGUAUGUUACAGUUUUUCAUGUGUAAUCAUGAAUUAUAACCUCUUUAGGCCAGGGACCAUCUUUUUCUUCUUCUGUGUUUGCACAAUGUAUUCCUGAUCCUUCACUGGGACUCUAGGAAACUGGGGUGAUACAGUAAACAAAGUUGAUGGGUGUUGAGUGCUAGCUAUCGAGGCAUGCAAGUUUCCCAAGGUGAGGUCCAUAGUGUUCCAGGUUGUUCUCUGUGCUAGAACAUCCCCAUUUUACAGCUAAACACCUGAUGCUUCUCAAUAGCUUAUUCUCUUUAAUUUGUAUCUAGGAUUUGGUUACUUUGUCUUGUGUUGCUCCUUCUGAUCUGCUAUUCAAGAACAAAUGUCUCCCCCUGUUAAUUUCUUUCUUGUUAUCCUCUGAACAACAGUGAUGACCCAAAGCUUCCAAGCCUACCUCAGCCUCUGGGUCUAUUGCAGUUUUUCAUAGCAUACUAAUAAAUGUCUUCCGAGUGGUGUUUCUGCUUUGAGAGCUGUUGUCCUUCCCUUGUUUUUUGUGAUUUUUUUUGUUGGGGCUCUAUGUUCCACUGCUGAAGUCUGGAGGUUUCAUCAAUGCCCCUAUUGUCUAUACCGCUGAUAACAGUGUUUAGGACUUCCUGCUCUUUCAACAUUGCCUUCGUUUGGCUUCGUUCUCCUAAACACAAGGCCAAGUGUAGGACUUGCAUGUGCUUAUUCUGGAGUCGGGGCACUCAGUGCUUCCCCAGCUGUGCCAGCUGUUGCUGUGUCUGUGUGCUGAUGUGGAGCCUUCACAGCAGAAGAGCCCUGGGUGAGAUUUAACUGAAGCCUUACUUACGCCAUGAAAGUUAAGCUCAAACCUUAACCAUGGUAGAGCGGGCAGGCAGAGACAACAGCAGCAGCGCUUCUGUGCUCUGUGUUCAUGAGUUUCUCUGGGCAGCAAACUGGAAAACUGCCAGCAUGGAGAGUGUGGAGAAACCGCUCUUAAAUAUCUUAGUCUCAAGCCCCUAUUUAAGCAAUGCUCCGUGAGAACCAGCAUGCCUCCUGGCUGCCUUCAGUCAGCUGGGAGAAACUGGAAAGUCAGGUGGCUGCUUCUGAAAAGGAGCUGUGUCCUGGGUGCUGUGAGAAGCCAGCUGGAAGCACUCAGCACCCCCUUGAGGCCUUAAAUCAGCUUUCAGAUAGCCACUUGUAACAGUGUAAGCCUUCUGAAAUGCUAGUUGUUGUUGGGUUUAAAAGCUUGUAGGAAUGCCUGAGUUCUUCUGAUUCAUAUGGAUAAUAGAUAUAAUAUUUUAUUUCUUUUGUGCCAGGAAACUUGGAAUUGUAGGCAGAGUAGAGAAGGGACCAGAAUUGCCAUUUUGUGGGAAAUACUGAGCAAACAUCACUUCUGCAGAAUGACCAUAAUGCAGCAGAAAAUGGAAAUCAAAAGCAUUUCUAUCAUAGCCUUGGUGGGAGCGAAUGCUCAGCAUGCUUCCUGGAGGAGACCCUGGAGACGGUUUCAUUCCUUGGCUCCAAUGUACUACCGAGGUUCAGCAGCAGCCGUGAUAGUUUAUGAUAUCACCAAGCAGGAUUCAUUUCAUACUUUGAAGAAAUGGGUGAAAGAACUAAAAGAACAUGGUCCUGAAAACAUUGUAAUGGCCAUCGCUGGAAACAAAUGUGAUCUUUCUGAUAUCAGAGAGGUUCCUAUGAAGGAUGCCAAAGAAUAUGCAGAAUCUAUAGGUGCAAUUGUUGUUGAAACCAGUGCAAAGAAUGCUGUUAACAUUGAAGAACUUUUUCAAGGAAUAAGUCGGCAAAUUCCACCCUUAGAUCCUCAUGAAAACAGUAACAAUGGAGCAAUCAAACUUGGAAAGCAGACUUCACAGACGGGUAGGCGAUGCUGCUGACCCAACUUGGUCUUUUUAGAUUUACUUGAAAAACAGCACCGUUUGCUUUUUUCACUGGGAAAGGACUUCAUGAUCUCAGCGACGUCGCUCCUUAUCUUGAAAGCAGUAAUUUCAGUACUUCCCAUGAGCAAUAAUGCAAGGACCAGAAGCAGAAAGCUUUACUUCAAAGGGAUUUUGCAAAACCUAGUUGGAAAAUCCUCUCUAAUAUCCUGUCAAAAUUACAAUGGCGAAGUACUCUGAUUCCCUGUUUAAACCAAUGACUGGUUUUUUGUUUUGUUUUUUUUUAAUAAAAAGAUCCUUUUAUAUAUAAAAUUUAGAUUUGCUGCAAAAACUUCUCUUACAUUGCAAAGUGGACUUGGCAUGUUUUUUAGAGUUCUCUCUGUAAUAAUAGGGUGAAAAAAACCCAUAAAGCCUGAAUUUUUGCUUACAGUUUCUCUGCCGUCUUUCUAGCUGGACUCUGCUUCAGUAUUUUUCUAAAUCUAUAGCUUCAUCUCGUACUUUCAGUAAACAUCAGGAAAUGGACUGAAUUUGCUAACCAGGAAAAAAUGGAUCCAAAGGAUGAGUGAGUGCAAUUUUUACAGGCUAGAAGUCAAAAUCUGUGUCAGGAGGUGCUGUGUAUGUGAAAGGAGGAGUUGUCAUGAAGGAGACUGCUGGACCCCAUGCAGUUCCAGUCUGCUCCAGAAAGAAGCGAAGAUGCAGCCGCUGUGCUUUGCCUGAAUUGAUUCCCUUUCCAGGGCGUAGGCUUCAUUAAUUACUAAAAUUGUAAAAAGAAUAUAAAUGCCAGCUUAAUCUCCACUACUUACCAGGUUUCUUCCAACUCUCUGCCCCAGACCAAAGUUGUCUCUGCUCACAGAUGCCACUUCCUUGGUUUCUAAAAGAGGGUGCCACAGUGCCCCACUCCUUAUGGUCCCACUGCUGCUCUUCAAGAAGUCUUCAAGUUGGACGAAUGAUACUGUACAAAAACAGUUUAAGAGAGCACAAUACAAUUUGGGGUUAAAGGCUGGAAUCUAAUAAAACAAACCAGAAUGUUUCUCUACAAAUGUAAUUCUGUGAAUUUGUGGAGUAGUCUCCUCACUUGUGUGGGGAUGCAGUAUGGAAUACCCACUGCAUGAUACCUUUGAAGCUUGAUGCACUUGAAAGUACAGUGUAGGAAAAAAGAAUCCCAAUAGGUGGUUAUGAACUAGAAAUAAUGUAAAACUGUAUGCGUUCUUCAUUUCCAUCUUUUAUGAAUGUGCGUGACUGAGAUGAUAGAAUCCAAAUUUAUCAUCUUCAUCAAUUUCACUGGAAAUCAGAACUAGGGUAAGAAAUGCAGGCUUCAAAACCAAAGCCCAGCCUGCAUUCCACAACAUUAAUUUGCUCUCUUAGGAGGAAAGUUAACCUCACUGCACCUUUGUUGGGGGACUUACGAAAAGCGAACAAAAUGGAAAAACAACUUUCUGUAAUAAAUCAUGAACAGCCAGGCUAGAGCUGGGGUUUCAUGUUUAUACAUAAAAACCAGACCUUAUUGCCUAGUUGUGAGAUUGCUUUGAUAAAAUGACAGUAAUUAUUAGAGCUUGGAACAGAGCCAGAUGAAAUCAAUGGGAACAUUUCUUUGUCUUCAGAGGGCUUGAAGUAGUUUUAGGUGGGAAAUGUCCCACUGGGUUUUAUCUAAGAAUCUAAACUGCAUUGUUUUUUUCACAUAUAAUCCAUUUCUCAGAUAUUUUGGACUCCUUUGAAAGUACUCAUACUUGAAAAUACCCCCUGGGAUAAUACACAGACUCAGAUAGCUACCAUGAGAAAGGAUAUUUUGGGUAAACUUUCAGUUGUCGCCUGUGCUGAGAUAUGAUCUGUGCUGCUGCUUCAUUGCAGCAACUAUUUUACAGAUAGUCCAGGGUUAUUUAAGUGAAAAUUCAGCAAUCGUCAUCGCUGGUAGUUGGGGAGUGGGACAGGCUCCUUUAGGGAAUAUUUCAUCCCAUCCUAGUACAAGCAAGUCUGCCAGGGGUGCCUGUCUCUUUCACCUGGCUGGGGAGGGAGAGGUUAACCUGGCCUUCAGCGCUAAAGAAAUAUCAAACUUAUCAACAUCACAGAUUCAUAUAAUUCAUGGGAUCUAUGACCCAAUGCUGCAAGAGAUGUGGUUCUUCCUAAAUAAAACCCAGUAAAAGGCUAGACCUAUUACCAAGAAAACAAGGUGAGAUCAAACCCACAUUUUUAAAGGUGUCAUAAAUUUCAGUUCAACUUAUAAUAGUUAUGCAUAACUGAUUUUUAAGCUUUCAUGAAUUUUUGCAGCACAUUUCUUUUUUUUUUAACGUGACAUCUCAAAACUCAUUAAACCCUAUGUGAGAUGCCUGAAAGCUUUGUAAGACAAUUCUGCAAAUACCUUGUACACUCUAAUUUAUGCUAGAACUGGCAAUUGAUGCUGAUCUGUUUGGGAUAUUGUCCUGAACAGCCAGCUUUCACAGCUGCCAUUGAGCUGUAUGCGAAUCAGAACAGGUUUAUGAGUUAUAUGUUAAAAUAGUUUAAAAUUGGAAGUUGUUACAGUGGAUCUCGGCAGAUUUUAAAAUUCAAAUGCUGGCUAAGUAGGCUCAAAGAUUUUUUUGCAUUUGGUGGGCCAAAUCUAAAUCACCUUAUUCUGCUUUUAGUCAAGAAAAAGAUUUAAAUUAAUAAGGAUUCUGAUUGUAUAAGUUCUUGAGCUUUGGGUUACAGUGAGCUUCAGUAGGGAUGGAUCUCUGAAGUCACAGGUGAAAAAAUAACAGGCCAUUGUGCUGUGCAGAGCAGCUCGCAUUUUUGAAGACAGGGCUCGCCUUCGAUGAUGGGGUUGCCUCUCUGCUGUUUGUCAAAGCUGAAGUGCAGCUUGAGCAUGCCUCUUAAAUGGGGGAAUGGUUUGUUUUAAAAAUUGUGAUUUUCAAAUGUAAAAUUCAUGGUUUCUGCUUCCUUUUGUUGCCUGUGUUGCUUGGAAAGUACCACCACCCUUCACAAACAGCCAUAAGAAUGACAUACAAAAAACCCCCAAACGUGGAGUCAAAAGUUUCAGCAGCAACCAGAAUUCCUCUUAGUAGUUAAUGGCUUGUGAAGAGCUAAAUUACUGUACAGGAGCACCUGACUGUAGCUGAUUUACUCUAAUAAUAAUAAUAAUGAUUAAUAAUAAUAAUGCUGCAGUUCUAGUUGGCCAGCUGGUGCUGGAUUUGUCGAAGAUUUGUUUUCUCAAGAGAGCUGGCAGCAGGACUGAGGCACAGGCUGCACUGCCAAGGAUGUUUGGUGGAGCUUGUUUGCACCAUGACUCAAGACUGUGACUGUCCAGUUGUGGGUGACUUGCUUUUCUGGCUUGUCAUGAACUAGUUUAAAAACAAGGUUAUGAAGGAACUAGUUUUCAUAUAUGCUCUGCAUAUGUGUGUAUAUAUAAGUACAGUUUUAUAUUGUUAUGCUGACAUGUAGUGUUUUUUCACUAUGGUUCUCAUAUACUGCACGUUGUAUUCUGUAAGUCUAUUUUUUUGUUAAUGAUCAUUUCAACUUUAUGAACUUAAAGUUACGGAUCAAAGGUAGCAAGAAGAUGGAGACAUGCAUAGGUACAAUUGUUGACUUGCCAUUCUUAUGCAUGAAAAUGGCAUAUUGUAGAAAAAGUUUGUCUUGCAGACUGAGAAAUCUAAAAAAGGCCACUAUUAUCCAAGAAUUGGGACUCAGAAGUAAUAAAGUGACACUCCAAAGGAAAAAAAAAAGGAAAAGAAAAGAAGUUGAUUAUUUUUGUUUGUGGUAUAGCAGGUCUACCUAAAGUGCUGCAGUGUAACAUGGGUCUGUAUCAACACCUAGAAAAGUCACCUGUCAUCCCUUCUCUUCACUAAUCCUUCACGGCACAUGGUAAUACGCAUGACUAGAAAGACUAGACAUGUGAGCUCUGACUACAAUCAGACCUUUUCAGUACAAUGAUAAUACAUUUUACUAUCCUACCCUUAAUUAUUUAAACCAGAGUCAGUGAUAAAUUGUCAAUUUAAAACCACCUGCUAAGUACUCUUCCUCUGUUUUGUUUAUAUAAGGGCUUUGACUGGGCUGGACCCACUCGCUUCAUGUAUGGGAUGCUGCAAUCUGUUAAUACUUUACCUUCUGUUUUACAUAUUAAUUGUAUCAUACCUAAUAAUAUUUUUUGCCCUAAAAUGUAGUUUUUGUGUUUUAUUUAACCUACAAUGAUUAACGCUAAUAAAUGUUUUAAAUAACUCUGA